GCCCUUCGUUUCCCGCAGAGGGCUCCUAAUAAGGGUUGCAAGGGAAUUACUCCUAGGAGUACGCAUGAAAGCGAAAGGAUACGGUUUCAUGUAGUCCCGAAGGCAGAAAAUGAAGAGGAAAGGCAGAAGCGCUAUUGGGAAACAGCAGGACUCCUGUGAUGUGUGGCUGGAUCCUUCAGCACUCAAAAGACGCAAGGAUGUUGCCGCUAAGCCAGUCUUCACUCUCCUGGGCCAGGACUCCCGUCCUGCGGCAGUAAUUGGACUUCCUCGCCCACGCACUAAACAAACCACCAUUUCUACUUUCUUCACUGCUCAGAAAGCAGGGGACAAGACCACAGACGCAAGCAAGCAGUUAACGACCUCCGCAUCCAACAACGUUAUCAAUCUAAAAGACUCUGAAUGGCGUAGAGGGAAAAGGACCAGGGCUCCUGUCCUUCAACCAUCAAGCCUGCAGGACUGCGAAAGACAGCCUGCAAAGGCAACGGACGUUUCCGGUCUUUUCUUUUGCAGUCCUCUCCCCGCUCGAGCCCAGAUCCACACCAGCACCCCUCUUGUUGCUCGGGAGGAAGAUGCCGUAACAGAAAGGGGGGCUUUUCUAACUACAGAUCUCAUUCAGCACUUGGAAGAAAAGGGGCCCCCUCGGCAGCAGUUGGCUGUGGGGUCCCCUCUGAGAGAGAAAAAUGAUGGCUGGCAAAAAGAAGAGAGCCCCACUUUGUUUUCUCAGAGAUGCCCAAGUUUUAAAAUAAUUCUGAACCAAAGAAUGGAUGGGGGGAAACGGCGCAGACCCCCUUCAUCUUGGGCCGGCCCUACAUUUGUGGACGACUCUGAAAAUAUGGAUCCUGAACUGGAAGGAAACCUACCAGGAGCAGCAUAUUUGGAUUUCAACCUAACUGGAUUCUGUAGAGGGAAUAUGGAUGCCACUAGCUGUGAGAACAGCGCCCCAGCCUCAACUCAGCGGCUGUUCACCCAGGACUCUGAGGGCUACAGAGUGAUUUUGCACAGCCUUGGAGGAGAAGGAAGCAAGCCGUCCUUGUCAAAGGAGCCCUGGUGGGGCAAAAGGACCCCUGUAGGAAGCUCCUUUAAUGAGAAGAGCUGCUUUAGGGAGGGUUGGGCUGGAGACAGAAGCCCCCCUGGGUCUCUGGGCAGGCGCAGCCUUCCUCCUCUGACAGAACGUAGUGAAAAGUCAUGUUACGACUUGCUAUUCACAGAGGAUUCAGAAGGCAAUAGAGUCAUUAAACACUAACAUCGUAAUUGCUGUGUGAUAGCUUGGUGCCUCCUUACAAAACAAACCUGGCUUAAAGGGCCCUUUUUGUAUAUUGCCUGUGGCUGUGUGUCACAUACCUAAACCUGUUUUGUUCAACAUGCUUUCUUCAGUGUGUGUGAGCUAAUAAAAGAAACCGAGGAAUGCAAUCUUAAUCCUGGUGUUCUAUCUAGAAAGACGUCCGGCUGCUCUAGAAUUGUUCCACGAGAUGAGAUUCAACUAGCUUUCAUUCAGGUAGCUUAAGGGUCGGCUAAGAAGGGCUGAAGCUAGACCCAUCCGCCACAGCACCGCUUAAAAGUUGGUAUCGCUGACCAGUCCUCACUGCGUGGGGGUGGGAAGUGUCUUUAAAAAAAAAAAACAGACCUGCCAAGCUGCACAGCUAGUGAACCUGACCCCCUGCAAUUUCAGCAAGAUCCAGCCUGCCAACAUGGGUCUACUUCUCUCGUGCCCCUUUAGGCGAUGUUUUAAAACUAGAACACCAGUUUGUAAGUUUACAAAGAACUCCACUCAAUGAGUAUGAGCAGAACUCACAGUUGUUCUGUCACAAUGAGAACCUGAUGCUCUCCAGAGGCUUUGGAUUUGAAUGCCCCUCAGGCUAGUGGCAAGUGCUUUUGGGAAUGGUAGCCUAAAAUGACUGGAAAGUCCCAGGUUGUCUACAUCUGACUUUACAGUAUCUUUAAAAUAACUCAAUAGAAUAUUAAUAUCAACAGCGAGAAAAGAAUGGGUAAAAAGUAGAAACCUGUUUUGUGAGCCAUGGGAAAGAGUGUUAUAAAUUCCCUGAGGGUUGAAGUUAGUGAUUUAAACCAUCGUGGUUCUCCUAGAUAACAGUGGCAGCAUCACAAACUAUCAUGCUACAAUUGCUGCUGACAAAGGACCAGCCAGUGCUCAAAAGGCUUUUAAAAUAUACUGCAAAAAACUUUUCCACACUUUUGCCCUUCUACAAAUUGCCAGGAGGUUCUGAAAGAAUAUUUAUUCGUGGUAAUAUUUUUAAACAUGCAGACAAGCCCUAGAAAAAGACCUUCCCCUUGCUUUUAAAAAAUGCCAUGGCCUGAUGCUACACUCAGAGUCCAAGGAAUUAUUUUGCAAAUUCUUGGGGGGAGGAAAAUGGAGGCGCAGCUUUGAGGGUUCUUGGGUCACAGAUACUUCACUAGAGAGAGAUGUUUGCAGAUGCACAUGAAGGAGAACUGCAAAUAUCAUUAAAGCAGCUGUGCCACAACCCUA